ACAAUGAAGAUUCUUGGGGAUUUUUUGGUUCUUAAAUUGACACAGAAACCGCAGCAUCCACAUUCAAGUGAAGGAGAGAAACCAGUUAACUGUGGGGAUCGAAUCAUGUCUCGCCGAAGAAGCCACAGUCCAUCACCAGGGAACUUUGCACGCAGCUGCAGCAGUAAUGAUCCUAGAGAUUUGGAGAGAAGAAUUUUUGUUGGAAACCUGCCAACGUCCGACAUGGAAAAGAAGGAUUUGUUGGACCUGUUCAGUCCAUACGGGAAGAUAAUGGGCGUUUCCAUGUUUCGUGGGUAUGGAUUUGUACAAUUUGAACGUGUUGAGGAAGCCGAAGCUGCAAAGGCGGCCCAAAGGGGUCGGUUGUAUAAAGGUUAUAAAAUAGAUGUAAAUAUGGCCGUGGAGCGACGACAACCUAGACCUCAAUCCCAGCAGAGCCCUCCACGAAGGGCCCCAUAUGGUGGCUUUGGGGAGAGACAGGGCCGCCCUCGGUCCCGUUCUCCCAAUUAUGGACGCAAUGGACGAGAUUCCAGAGAGGCCCGCGAUUCACGCGAACCAAGGGAUGCGAGGGAGCCGAGGGAUGCAAGAGAUGUGAGAGACCCAAGGGAGCCCAGGGACCGUGAUUUCCGGUACCGUGGUUCAGAGAGCAGGGAGAAGGAUUUCAGAGGUGACCCACGAGAUCCAGCACUUAGAGAGGAGUAUGACCGAUACUACCGAAACAGUGUCGAAGAAUAUUACCGGCGGAAGGACGAGCCCUUCAUAGACCCAUUUAGAGAUCCAUGGGAUGGACGCCGUGAACCAGAGGAGGAUCGUGGUCGGAUUGAAGAGCGCCGUCGUAAUGAAUUGUAUCGACAGUACUAUGAAGAACUCCAGCGACGUAACGAGGUGGACCGUCCCGUUGACUGCUCUGUCAUUGUGGUCAACAAGGCACAGAAGGAGUAUGCUGAGACGGUCGGGCGCAAAGUCCGUGAUUUAGGUAUGAUGGUGGACCUGAUCUUCCUCAACACAGAAGUGUCGUUAACUCAGGCACUGGAAGAUGUCGGACGUGUCCGCACUCCCUUCGCCAUCAUUAUUACCCAGCAGCACCAGGUCCACCGAUCCUGCACGGUCAACAUCUUGUUUGGAACUCCUCAAGAGCAUCGGAACAUGCCAAUGGAGGAUGCCAUGAUGUUGAUUGCACACAACUACGAUACGUACAAAGUGGAGAACCGUGAGAAGGAGCGUGAGGAAACUGUCAGAAAGGCUGCAAAGAUGGCUGACGACGUGUUACUGAGGGAGGCUGACCGAGAGCGCCACCCUGUUUCUGUGCUAACCACCAUUACGCUGCUGUCGGAAAACAGAUUCGUAACGCCAGAGGAACUGGAUGGGUUCAUUGCAUACCUGAAGGACAAAAGGUCACGUCUUGGCCGCAGCGCUGGAGAGCCUCUCGCAGCUGCACCACCACUCCGCGAUGUACCAGCACCACCGCCAUCAAUGCCCCCUACUGGCCAUCCUCUCAGUGCCGCACCGCCCAGCCAUCUGCCACCAGGGCCGGGCAGCUCGGCCAACCCCACCCACCAGAAGGAGCUGCAGGCGAAAAUCCUCAGCCUGUUCAACAGCGGCACCGGUGCGUCUGGGCCUGGGGUCCCGCCCCCUACCGGUUCUUCCAUGCCAUCCCAGGGGCAACAGGGUUAUGGCGCUGUGUGUCAGCCACACCCUUCGUCAGGCCUAGCGGCCUCUUCCAUGCCACCUCUUCUGCAGCAUCUUUCGGCAUGCCGCAAAACCGCAUGGCAGCUCCGCCAGUUGGUCCGAGACCACAGCCACCGACUUCAGGUAUCAAUUUUGAUAAUCCGAGCGUCCAGAAAGCUCUGGACACCCUCAUUCAGAGCGGGCCGUCUCUCAACCACCUUGUGGGUAGCGCUCCGCCUCAGCAGCCCCCCCAGACCGGGACCUGGCAUGAACCAGGCCCCUCCCAUGUCCAUGUAUCCCCGACAUCCUAAGCUCUUAACAGUUGUACUAACUGGUCACUUUUCUCUCAGGGCCCCAUAUGGUGGCUUUGGGGAGAGACAGGGCCGCCCUCGGUCCCGUUCUCCCAAUUAUGGACGCAAUGGACGAGAUUCCAGAGAGGCCCGCGAUUCACGCGAACCAAGGGAUGCGAGGGAGCCGAGGGAUGCAAGAGAUGUGAGAGACCCAAGGGAGCCCAGGGACCGUGAUUUCCGGUACCGUGGUUCAGAGAGCAGGGAGAAGGAUUUCAGAGGUGACCCACGAGAUCCAGCACUUAGAGAGGAGUAUGACCGAUACUACCGAAACAGUGUCGAAGAAUAACCGGCGGAAGGACGACCCUUCAUAGACCCAUUUAGAGAUCCAUGGGAUGGACGCCGUGAACCAGAGGAGGAUCGUGGUCGGAUUGAAGAGCGCCGUCGUAAUGAAUUGUAUCGACAGUACUAUGAAGAACUCCAGCGACGUAACGAGGUGGACCGUCCCGUUGACUGCUCUGUCAUUGUGGUCAACAAGGCACAGAAGGAGUAUGCUGAGACGGUCGGGCGCAAAGUCCGUGAUUUAGGUAUGAUGGUGGACCUGAUCUUCCUCAACACAGAAGUGUCGUUAACUCAGGCACUGGAAGAUGUCGGACGUGUCCGCACUCCCUUCGCCAUCAUUAUUACCCAGCAGCACCAGGUCCACCGAUCCUGCACGGUCAACAUCUUGUUUGGAACUCCUCAAGAGCAUCGGAACAUGCCAAUGGAGGAUGCCAUGAUGUUGAUUGCACACAACUACGAUACGUACAAAGUGGAGAACCGUGAGAAGGAGCGUGAGGAAACUGUCAGAAAGGCUGCAAAGAUGGCUGACGACGUGUUACUGAGGGAGGCUGACCGAGAGCGCCACCCUGUUUCUGUGCUAACCACCAUUACGCUGCUGUCGGAAAACAGAUUCGUAACGCCAGAGGAACUGGAUGGGUUCAUUGCAUACCUGAAGGACAAAAGGUCACGUCUUGGCCGCAGCGCUGGAGAGCCUCUCGCAGCUGCACCACCACUCCGCGAUGUACCAGCACCACCGCCAUCAAUGCCCCCUACUGGCCAUCCUCUCAGUGCCGCACCGCCCAGCCAUCUGCCACCAGGGCCGGGCAGCUCGGCCAACCCCACCCACCAGAAGGAGCUGCAGGCGAAAAUCCUCAGCCUGUUCAACAGCGGCACCGGUGCGUCUGGGCCUGGGGUCCCGCCCCCUACCGGUUCUUCCAUGCCAUCCCAGGGGCAACAGGGUUAUGGCGCUGUUGGUCAGCCACACCCUUCGUCAGGCCUAGCGGCCUCUUCCAUGCCACCUUCUUCUGCAGCAUCUUUCGGCAUGCCGCAAAACCGCAUGGCAGCUCCGCCAGUUGGUCCGAGACCACAGCCACCGACUUCAGGUAUCAAUUUUGAUAAUCCGAGCGUCCAGAAAGCUCUGGACACCCUCAUUCAGAGCGGGCCGUCUCUCAACCACCUUGUGGGUAGCGCUCCGCCUCAGCAGCCACCUCCCAGACCGGGACCUGGCAUGAACCAGGCCCCUCCCAUGUCCAUGUAUCCCCGACAUUACUGAGGAGGUUGUAGUGAAUAAAAGCCGAGGUCCACGUGUCGCUCUGUCCCAGUGAGACACCACGUCAGUCCGUGUAGUGAAUUUACUGUGUGCAGCUCGAAUGUAGGAAUAUCUUGUAAAACAUUUUUAAUGGUUUUUUUUUUUUUUUUUUUUUUUUAAUUCUGGACAUUUGUGCUGAGUUGGUUACAUUUGGAGACUUCUUAUUGUUUAGGUUAGAUUUCUCUCCUGUUAUUAAUCAGAGCUCAGUCUUAUUUGUGAAUUAAACUUUGAAGUCAUGUCGCAUGUGUACAGUAAAUUUUGGAUCCAAUAAUUUGAUUUAUUUUCUAAACCAGAUGUUUUUGUAGUUUGUGCUCAAUAAAUUGGACAAAAUGUCAACAAUUUGGAAACAACUUGUCACGGUAUGAUUAAAAACUCCAGACACAUUUGCUGUAAUAAAAUGGUAUUGGUUUAUUGCA